AUGUGCCUCUUCAGGCGUCUUCAGCUCACCUCCCUGACUGACUCUUGGUUCGCUCCUCUUCCGUGCGUUCGUAAAGUUCCCAAACGCACUCCUACUCCUAAGUCUGCUCCUCCUGCUAAGGUUAACUCUGUUGUCCCACAGUCCGAGCCCACCCCUGCCAUCCCUGGACCUUCCUCGGCCUGGGCGGUGUCUGAGAAGGCCCAAAAGCACAAGCGCAAAAGGUCACGUGAGCCGGACACCAAACAUCCACCCAAAAAGCACAAGUCUUGUUAA